AUGGAGUCCAAAAUAAAACCUGGAACUUGUUCCUUCGUUUUGUUGACGACCGGAACGACAAUGGACAUGACUUGGCUAAUAUUUGGAAACUUAUAUCGAUCACACAUUCAUUUCGGCGAAUUCGAUAACAAUCAGAAUAGUGCCUCAGACGCAGCGCCUCUCAGUCCCGGAGGCGCUGUGACGGAUUUAUCCGCUUCACAAGGGACUACGGGUAACGACCAGGCUUCAUCCCCGGCUAUGAGUUUGAUCAUGGUGCCGCUCGUGGGCAAUCGGGUUGCCUGUCCAGUAUGUGAGAGAAGGGAAAUUAACCUUUUCUUCCUUAAUCUGUCGGACCUGGACAGGCACCUAACACAACACCGCCCGGAUGCCCCGAUCUAUUGGAUAUGCACCAAUUGUUCAAAAGGCUUCUCGAAGCUUCAUGGGGCUAGAUGCCACAUACCUAAGUGUGGUGGCGCUAGCAGCCAGGCCAGAACAGGAGAGUUUCAAUGUGAGGCCUGUCCCAUGAGCUUCGGGUCGCGCAGAGGGCUAUCCACCCACGAACGGUAUGCGCACCCUGCCGUUAGAAACGUUAAAAGAAGGGGAGCGGACCCCCCAGAAGAAAGUUCAAAAUUAUGGAAAGCAGAAGAGGUAGCACUCUUGAAGGGGCUAUGGGAAAUGUACAAAGGUCAUAAACACCCCAACAAAGAAAUAAGUAGAUUCCUCACCACCAAAACGAUAGACCAAAUUAAGUAUCAGAGAAAAAAGCUAAAUUUAAUUGGUAAGGAAAGCCCCCAAGAGGCUGCCUCAUUGGCAACAGAGGGAGGGUGCGAUCUCGUUGGUUCAGGCAAUGCCAGCUUUGGCUCGCCUGAAGGCCGCCGCGAGAUAGAGGUCUACGAUCGGUUGUUUAUAAUCUGGGACGUAUACAAGGAUGAUUGGGAAUCUCUAAAGGAGAGACUCGAUCAUUUCAUACGCACAGCUCUAUACGAGCUUAUAAUUAAAUUUAAAAACCAAAGCCAAAAGGAUUCAAAAGAAAGCAAAAAAGCAGCCAAAAGUAAAAGAAAAAACAACAGGAAUUCGAGGAAGCGAUUCUCCUAUGCACGUUGUCAGGUGUUAUUCCGCAAAUGUCCAAGGAGACUGGCUGAUGCCGUGAUCAACAAUGAUCAGGUAUAUCUCGAACCAGCCAGGCAACCUCCCGGAUCUGAGGAAGUGAGGGGGCUCUAUGAGAAGCUGUGGGGACAAGUGGGUUCCACAUAUGUCCCGAUUCCAGUCACGAGAGCCCCCAACCUAUCCCUAUCCGAGAUCUUUCCGCCGAUAACAGCUGAGGAUGUAGGAGAGAAGAUCGGCAAAAUAAGAAAAAAGGCUGCGGCAGGACCGGAUGGUUUACAAAGAGACCAUCUAACCAUUCCCCGCCUGCCCGUCAUAUUGGCUAAAACAUACAAUAUGCUAGCCUAUUGUUCUCAUUUUCCUUACAUACAGAAGGAAAAUGAGAACAACCCUUAUUCCAAAAGCAAACAAGCCAAGCAGCCUGGUCGAGAACUGGCGACCAAUUACUAUUAG